CUCAUAAAUAUUCGUCAAGCAGUUCUAUUGCUACGGGCAAGUCCCUGUGCCCAGCCCGGACUUCUCGAUUUCGUAGUUGAUCUAUUAGAAUUUGCAAUAGAAUAGCAUCUGACAGGUUCUCUACCUCAAGAGGAAAUAACAGAGACUUUUAUCGACUACUUGUCAUUGUAAUUUUUCACACCCGUUUUUCACUGGAUUUCUGUCCAGUUAUUAUAUUAUCUUUUUCUCCCUACCGUUCCAUUUUGGAUUUACGAAGGGCGUAUUGGUGGUCAGACUGUACCGGGAGUUUGUUAUCCUGUCCUUCGAUAUAUUUGAGGAAUGACUGCAACUGGAAAAGGACUGCGAAUUGCUUAAAUGGAAAAAAUGGAAUACAACGAUCUUGAGAACGAUUUUGAUGAGAAACUGACAUUAACAGAGAAAUGUCUCCCCUCCACACCAGAGCCUCGGCCCAUCCAGAAUGAAGAGAAGGAGAUAAUCAAGGACCUACUGACACCAGAUGACUCAGACAUUUCAGACCUCUCCCCAAACACAGAGUCCUGUCCCAAAACAGACCUCUCCCCAAACACAGAGAUCUGUCCCAAAACAGAGCACACCUCAAAGACAGAGUCCUCCACCAAGACAGAUGCCAGACCUGGCACCCCUGGGUCUAGUACCAGCCCCCAGCCUAAAAAAGGAGAUGGGUUGAGCACAGAGCAACGACAGAAGCAGGCCAAGGAGCGGAGGGAGGAGAGGGCCAAAUACAUUGAACAGCAAACUCAGCUGCAAGCGGCUAAGAAGGCCCAGUGGCUGGAGAAGGAGGAGAAGGCGAGGCGUCUGAGGGAGAGCCAGCUCGAGGAGCGCAGGAAGAGGCUGGAGGACCAGAGACUGAAGCUUGAGAAACGAAGAGCCCUCCUAGAGGAGAAACAGAGGCAGAAACUUGAAAAGAACAAGGAGCGCUACGAGGCGGCCAUCAAGAAGUCAACCAAAAAGACCUGGGCUGAAAUCCGUCAGCAGAGAUGGUCCUGGGCUGGAGGCCUCAACCAGACCUCCCGCAGACAAAGCAGAUGCUCGGCCUCCACCGUCAACUUGCCAAGACAGGUGGACCCUGUCAUUAACAACAGGCUGUCCAAGUCCUCUGCCACCCUCUGGAACUCCCCCAACAGAACUCGCAGUCUGCGUCUGAGCCCGUGGGAGAGCCGCAUCGUGGAGAGGCUCAUGACUCCCACCCUGUCCUUUUUGGCCCGCAGCCGCAGCGCUGUGACCCUGCUCAACCCCAGCGACUCCCGGGACCUCCACUCUCACCACUGCUCCCGUUCAGCCUCCGCCAGCCCCCUGGACGCCUGCUCCCACCACCACCCUCACCGGAACACCUCCGAGCGCUGGAGGGGAGGAGUGUCCGCCAGCACGCCUGACAUCACACAGCGCCAACGCCGACGGAGCUCAACGCCGUUGGAUAAGAAAAAGAAAGAGAAGAAAGACAAGGAGAGGGAGAACGAAAAAGAGAAGAAUGCUCUUUCCAAAGAGAUCGUGCUGAAGAAGAAGAAGACCGCAACAACGACCCAGACCACCACCAGAUCCAGGCCGGCGUCAAGCAGUACCCCCAAACCGAAAAACAGACCUCCGUCGCCUGCGGCGCCCAAAAGCAGACCGUUGUCCCCCUGCCCUCCAAUGGCCCCCAAGAACCCCUCCACAGACAAGAAGACCCCCUCGGGCACCAAAACCCGCCCCAAACGAGCCCAGACACCUGCCAGGGUACAGCCCCAGCCGGUCGCCGCUGUCGUCGUGGAAACAAACAGCGAGCCUCAUCAGCCCGACACUCCUGAGACAAAGAGCGCCAGUAACGUUCCUGCCAUUAUGGUGUCUUCGGCGCCGGUGACACCCCCAUCGCUGAGUGCACCAGUCACAGUGGUCACCUCCACUCCUGCCUCAAACCUUGAGCUGGCUACCCCAACUGCCCCGGCUGCCUCAGCUUCCCCGGCUACCUCAUCUACUCCAGCUUCCAGACCCUCAGCCGGCACCAACAACCCAGAGGAAGCAGCACGAGUGCUGGCUGAGAAACGCAGACAGGCCAGAGAGCAACGGGAGAGAGAAGAGCAGGAGCGCCUUGAGCAGGAGCAGAGGUUAAGGAUUGCUCGUGAGGAGGGCAUGGCUCGGGAGGCGGAGGAGAGGAGGCGCAGGGAGGAGGAGGCGCACCUCAUGGCAGAGGACCAGCGUCUGAGAGACGAGGCGCAGCGUCUGGAGGAGGAGGUGGUGGUGCGGGAGAGAGCCAGGGCUGAACAGGAGCAGAAUGAACGCCUGCAGAAACAGAGGGAAGAGGCUGAUGUCAGAGCUCGUGAGGAGGCGGAGCGUCAGCGCUUGGAGAGAGAGAAGCACUUCCAGAAGGAGGAACAGGCACGCCUGGAGAGAAAGAAGCGCCUUGAGGAGAUCAUGAAGAGGACACGUAAGAGUAGUGAUGCUGGAGAAAAGCCUACACUGCCGAAGGAUUCCACUUCCCCAGCACAGGCCAAUGGCAAGGACACUACGGACAGAAGUAAAUCUCCUGAGAGCAAGCAGAGUGCAGCAGAGUCUGCCCCUGUGCUGAACGGUGUCCAGCCAGCCAAACACCAGAACGGUCUCUCAGCCAAUGGUGAGGCUGCUGACUUUGAGCAGAUCAUUCAGAUGCCCAAUCACAGCGGGAGCAGCAACGGUGGGCCAGGGCAACUGGGGAGUGACAUAGUCAGUGACCCAAUCCUGGAGCCCUUCCUCAUGAAAACAUGUCCAAUGAAGCCUCAGCAUGCUGCAGGUAGCUAUGCAGAAGUCCUCUGAGACACCAGGCCACCGGUCGAUCCAAUCAGUUUGUGCCACACGACACAGCAGUUUAGAAAUAAAAAAGUGUGCCAAACAAAAAAAACAACUAUGGACUGCUUUUAAAUGACUAAAAACAUAUAUCUAAUGCCGCAGAGGUCGAGAAGGAGGAAGAAAACUCUGCGGAGAAAUACUUGUUGAAAAAUGAACAAAAAAAGCAAAAAAUGAUGUCUAUCUUCUUCACGGUGUGUUAUAGUGCAACAUGUGUUAAGUUUUAUUGAAAAUGUCACAUGCAGAGGUUAUGGUGCACCUUAAAACGACUGACAGUGUAAUAUUAGGAAUUUUUGAGAAUUAUAAGACCUGGAAAUAUACAAUAUUUGACUAUGGUUGUAAUUAUUAUUAUUAUUAUUAUUAUUAUUAUUAUUAUUAUUAUUGUCAUCAUCAUCAUCGUUGUUAUUCUAUUGCUAUUGUUAUCUUAAGUUGAACAAAGUGUGUGUUGGUUCUUUUUUGUCUUGUAUAAUUGAGUUAUUGAACUAGGAGAGGGAGCAGAGCAGUGUGUACAUGUAUAUGAGCCUGGCUGCCUAGGCCUCCUGCCAUGGGGGAGCUGCGGGAUAAAGCUUCAUGAAAUGGAGAGUGCCUGUCUUUCUUUCUCUUUCUGUCCGUCUGUGCGUCUGUUUGUGUCACUCUCGUCUAUUGUUUAAGAUGGUAUGAUACAGACUAAGUAGUACAUUUCUGUUGGCUCAAUGUCUGAUAAGUGAAACAUGAAUGUAUGGGACGUGAGUCUAACAUUGUCACAGAGUCUUACAUUUGCCAGGAGUUUGAUCAGCGGUUGUUAAACAUAAUCUGUUACGGUUGGUUUCUUCAGUGUUUUUCCAUGUCGCAUUUGAAUCACAUGAAUACAGAGAGGAGAAUCAGGACACAGUACAGUAUCUGUCUGCUAUUCCAUGUCGCUGCUGGUUCCAUCAGGACACAGUACAGUAUCUGUCCGCUGUUCCAUGUCGCUGCUGGUUCUAUCAGGACACAGUACAGUAUCUGUCUGCUGUUCCAUGUCGCUGCUGGUUCUAUCAGGACACAGUACAGUAUCUGUCUGCUGUUCCAUGUCGGUCCUGGUUCUAUCAGGACACAGUACAGCAUCUGUCUGCUAUUCCAUGUCGCUGCUGGUUCUAUCAGGACACAGUACAGUAUCUGUCUGCUGUUCCAUGUCGCUGCUGGUACUAUCAGGACACAGUACAGUAUCUGUCUGCUAUUCCAUGUCGCUGCUGGUACUAUCAGGACACAGUACAGUAUCUGUCUGCUGUUCCAUGUCGCUGCUGGUUCCAUCAGGACACAGUACAGUAUCUGUCUGCUGUUCCAUGUAGCUGCUGGUUCCAUCAGGACACAGUACAGUAUCUGUCUGCUGUUCCAUGUCGCUGCUGGUUCCAUCAGGACACAGUACAGUAUCUGUCCGCUGUUCAAUUUCACUGCUGGUUCUAUAAAGGCUCUAUCUGCAAAAA